CUACUACAGCACCUUCGGUGAUCAGUUCACUCGCCGAUAUUGUGCACAAUGGAUCGUUGGGUAGGAAAGGUGGCGAUCGUGACGGGUGCUAGCUCCGGAAUAGGGGCAAACGCUGUACAGGCUCUUGCCCGUGCUGGCAUGAUUGUGGUAGGUAUGGCACGUCGCGUUGAACGCGUAGAGCAGCUAAAGAAAAAUCUGCCACCGGAAGUUGGAAGCCGUAUACACGCGUACCGGUGCGAUGUGACCAGUGAGGAAUCGAUAGUGAAUGCUUUCGCUGCUGUCGAUCGUCAGCUGGGUGGGGUGGAUGUGUUGAUCAACAAUGCAGGCGUGUCGAAGCUAACCUGCACGCUAUUAACACCGGGAAAUGCUGAAGAUUUGCGCACGGUGAUGGACACGAACGUGAUGGGGCUGGUGCUGUGCAGCCGAGAAGCGUUCCAAUCGAUGAAACGUCGCCAGGUGGCCGGUCAUAUAGUGAACAUUAACAGCAUUCUCGGACACAAGUACAUUGGGUUUCCCAACCUAAACAUCUACGGUGCAUCCAAGUACGCCGUUACGGCGAUAACGGAAACGUUGCGAAAUGACCUGCGCAACGAAGGCACCAAGGUGAAGGUCACGAGCAUCAGUCCCGGAAUUGUGCGGACGGAGAUGGUACCCGAGGGUAAACAGUUCGAAAAUACGCCUAUGCUGGAGGCGGACGACAUUGUUGGAGCGAUUCUGUAUACGCUGGGCACUCCUCCUCAUGUGCAGGUGCAUGAGGUUAUCAUCAAGCCGGUGGGCGAAUUGGCUUAGUGUUGAAAUAGCAUUCUUUCGAAGUUAUAAUUAGUCUUUCUCCAUUCUUUUACCUUAAAUACCUGUAACAUCAUAUCAACUUAACUCCAACUACUAAGCUAUUUCAAUUGUAAAGAUUUGAUAAAGUUCUGUAUCAAUCCAACAGUAAAGUACUAUCACACACUUAUUACGGAAAACGUGUCUGCGUUACGCAAACGAAUAUCACACGUGAGAACCUCUUCACGCAAAUGAUGCAACGAAUCAAGAGCCAUAAAUCUGCCGCAUCAUGCUGUAGUAGCAUUCUUCAAUAGGUGGAGUCAUUAGCAGCCGUUUUUGCUAGAAACAUUCCGUAAUAAAGUCAAUAUUACAUCAA